UGCAAACAGAUACAGAUCAAAGGAUGAAUCUUAAUUUGAAUCUCUCCAUAGCAAAACCCUUGUCAUUAUUUCUCGAUGAAGUGUCCAACAUCAAAGACAAUCAUUCCAAACUGUCUGAAAUCGAUGCUUAUGUCGGUAAACUGGAAAAAGAAAGGAAAAAGAUCGAUGUUUUUAGACGAGAGCUCCCUUUAUGCAUGCUCUUAGUGAACGAAGCAAUUGAGAAGUUAAAGGAAAAGGCUUCAUCAGUGAUGAUGGCAUCAAACGGUAAAUUCGAUGUGGGUCAAGGGGCAAAACUGGAAAGUGAUAAUAAUAAGAAGAACUGGAUGAACUCUGCUCAGUUGUGGAUCUCCAACUCUAACUCGAGAAACGAAGAAGAUCGGUGUGUGACACAAACUCCAUUUCAGACAUGUAAUAAUCUUAAUCAGGGAGGGGCAUUUCUGCCAUUUCACCCUCCUCCACCAGCAGCUCCUCUGUCUAUCAUGACUCCAAUGAUGGGCUCUAGCAGAACUGAUCAGUUGCAUCAAUUAAACAAACCUUUACAGAGUCAUCAUCACAUUCAGAAGAAAGAGCAGAGAAGGAGAUGGUCACAGGAUCUUCACCGUAAGUUCGUUGAUGCUCUCCAGAAGAUUGGAGGGUCACAAGUGGCAACACCAAAGCAGAUUAGAGAUAUGAUGAAAGUUGAUGGUUUAACUAAUGAUGAAGUCAAGAGCCAUUUACAAAAAUAUAGAAUGCAUAUCCGUAAGCAUCCUUUGUCAACCUCGGAUCAGCCUGUUUUGUUAGAUAAGGAAACACAGAGCUUAAUAAGUUUGUCGAGGUCAGAUUCUCCACAAAGUCCGCUUGUUGAUAGAGGUUUGUUUUGUAAUAAUGGUGGGCAUAGCUCAGAAGAUGAAGAGGAGGAAGAGAAAUCUGAUGGACGUAGCUGGAGAAGUGAGUCAGAUAAGAAGAGACAAGCGUUGGAUCUUGAGCUUUGAAAGAUCAGUCAUAUAAUACUUAUGCUUAGUGUGUGUGAUGAUGCAUCAAAAAUCAUAAUACUUCACAGGAGUAAACCGAUAAAUCAAAAAUUUUGUUUAAUAAUUAGUCUCAGUCAUGUGAAAGUGAAUCAUUGAAUCUGUUUGCUAGUUACCUUGGAAAAUAGAGGAUGAAGACAAUCAUAACCUUUGUCUUUUGCAAUGCAUCAUUUUCUCCAAUCUACCUAAUUUGAGAAUAAUAAUGUAAAAG